CAUCUCCAUUUCCAUUUCCACUUUCUCUCUCUCUUAAGUCAUAAUUCUCUGACAUUUUCAGACACCCAAACAUCACGGAUUCACUGUUGUCCCCAACACCCAAACAUCCCAUCUCCUUCUCCUGCAAUAUUUUUCCGCCAUGGAUGAUCACCUCGAAGACGAUGACUCCGAUGUACUCCUCUCCACUUCUUCAUUCCCUCGAACUCCCAAAAUCUUCGAUCGAUUCGAUUCAUCUUCCUCCUCCGACGAGGAUUUCUCCCCUUCUUCUUCCUCCGGCAAUCACCAGAACCCUAAUUCAACCUCCUCCAAUGUCGUCGUCAAAACCGCUAGUAAGAAGCUCGAUUACAUGAUUCAGUUCCUCGAUCGGAAGCUCUCUAAGGCUAACAGUAACAGUUUCAGCAAUGGCGGCGGUACCGGAGGUACCGCCGCUGGUGGAGGUAAUUCUCCGUUGCCGGAGUUUGUAGGUUCGGGUGGAGGCACCGGGAUUUUCAAGUUGCCGGUUCGGUCAGCGGUGCGGCCGGACCGGCCACCGUGUGUUGAGGUUAGACCGCAUCCGAGGAGAGAGACUCAGGUAGAGCGUGGAUUGAGGACGAUUGUGUGUACUGAUAAGCAGUUGUGGAGUGGGGGAGAGAGUGGAGUGAGGUGUUGGGAGUUGUCUGAGAUUUUUUUGUCUCAUGAUGAUGAUGGUGGUGGUGGUCACGGUGUUUGUAAUUGUGAAGGUGGUGUUGGUGGUUGUGUGUGUACCGGUGAGGCACGGCCAGGGGAUGAGAUGACGGCGAGGUUUAGGGAGUCGGCGGAGGUGGCGUCGGAGGUGGUGUGUAUGGUAGGUGAUGAAGGAGAAAGAGUGGUGUGGAGUGGGCAUAAGGAUGGGAGGAUUUGUUGUUGGAGAAUGGAUGAUGGUUUGAAGAAUGGGUUUAGGGAAUGUUUGUCAUGGCAAGCUCAUAAAGGGCCUGUGCUUUCCAUGGUUAUGACAUCAUAUGGUGAUCUUUGGUCUGGCUCUGAGAAUGGCUUUAUUAGGAUCUGGCCAUGGGAAGCUAUUGUGAAGUCUCUUUCCUUAAAAGCCGAGGAGAGACACAUGGCUAUCUUGGAAGCUGAGAGAUCUUAUGUUGAUCUGAAGAGCCAAGUCACUAUAAACGGUGUGUGCUACAUGUUUGUGUCAGAUGUGAAGUAUUUGCUAUCUGAUCAUUCCACGGCUAAGGUUUGGAGUGCUGGAGUUUUCUCAAUUGCAUUAUGGGAUGCACGAACCCGAGAGUUGCUGAAAGUCUUCAAUAAUGAUGGUCAAGUGGAGAGCUGGUUGGACACCGCUUCGUUGCAGGAUUUGACAACAGAAGAUGAGAUGAAGAUGAGAUAUAUAGCUGCUUUAAAAGAAAAACCUCAAGCUUCAUUUGGUUUCUUGCAGCGUUCACGUAAUGCCAUUCUAGGCGCUGCUGAUGCUGUUCGUCGAGCUGCAGCUAAGGGAGGAAUAGGUGAUGAUAACCGGCAAAAUGAAGCAAUGGUUGCUACAGUAGAUGGGAUGGUAUGGACAGGGUGCAGUAGUGGUCUUCUUGUGCAGUGGGAUGGAAAUGGCAAUCGUCAGCAGGAAUUCCAUUAUCAUCCCUUUGGUGUUCUGUGUCUUUGUACUCACGGGUCCAAGAUUUGGGUUGGUUAUUCGAGUGGGAUUGUUCAAGUAGUGGAUCUCGAGGGAAAUCUGCUUGGAAGCUGGGUGGCUCAUAGUAGUCCUGUUAUCAAAUUGGGAGUUGGGUCUGCUUAUAUUUUUACUUUAGCAGGCCAUGGUGGUAUACGAGGAUGGAAUAUAACAUCUCCAGGGCCCAUUGACAACCUGAUUCGUGCGGAGUUAAGUGGCAAAGAAUUUCUUUACACGAGGAUGGAGAAUUUAAAGAUUUUGGCUGGCACUUGGAAUGUUGCAGAAGGAAGGGCAUCCUAUGACUCACUCAUUUCUUGGCUUGGCUGUGCAUCAUCAGAUACUGAUGUUGUUGUGGUUGGCUUUCAAGAGCUAGAAAUGGGUGCUGGUGUUCUCGCAAUGUCUGCUGCUAAGGAAACUGUGGGAUUAGAGGGUAGUGCUGUUGGGCAAUGGUGGCUUGACACUAUAGGGAAUAUUUUGGAUGAAGGUUCCACUUUUGUACGUGUUGGUUCACGGCAGCUGGCAGGUUUACUCAUUGCUGUUUGGGUGAGAAAGAGCCUUGAGGCUCAUGUUGGGGAUGUUGAUGCUGCUGCUGUACCGUGUGGCUUUGGGCGUGCAAUUGGUAAUAAGGGGGCAGUUGGCUUACAAAUGAGAAUCUAUGAUCGAAUAAUCUGUUUUGUCGACUGUCACUUUGCUGCACAUUUGGAAGCAGUCAACCGUAGGAAUGCCGACUUUGAUCACGUGUAUCGAUCAAUGGUAUUCAAUCGGCCGUCUAAUAUCAAUGGUGCUGCCGGUAUUACGCCAUAUCUUCUAUUGUCUUCCUCGGUUGCCUGCUUCAUGUAUUUAUCUUGCUUUGUUUAUCGUUCUGGCUUGUCAUUGGCCCUUUGUCUUGCAGUUGGAGUCUCAUCUACUGUUCAAAUGGUCCGCAGCACAAAUGGCAUGGUCUCUCGUUCUGUUGAUGUAACACCUGAUUUAUCAGAAGCAGACUUGGUUAUUUUUCUUGGAGAUUUUAAUUACCGCCUUGAUGGUAUAUCUUAUGACGAAGCCAGAGAUUUUAUCUCUCAAAGAUGCUUUGAAUGGCUCAGAGAGAGGGAUCAACUUCGAGCUGAGAUGGAGGCUGGAAGAGUAUUCCAAGGAAUGCGUGAAGCCAUUGUUAGGUUUCCUCCAACAUAUAAGUUUGAAAGACAUCAACCUGGUUUAGCAGGUUAUGAUGCCGGUGAAAAGAAGCGUAUUCCUGCUUGGUGUGACAGGGUCUUAUAUCGUGAUAGCCGUACUUCCUCAGCAUCAGAGUGUAGUCUUGAUUGUCCAGUUGUCUGCUCAAUUACAGAGUACGAGGCUUGCAUGGAUGUAACUGACAGCGAUCACAAGCCUGUACGCUGCAAAUUUAAUAUAGAUAUUGCUCGUGUUGAUGAGUCAGUGAGAAGACAAGAGUACUGUGAAAUUAUUGAAUCAAACCCAAAAGUCCGUUCUGUACUUCAAGAACUAUGCAGAGUUCCAGAAAUUGUUGUGAGUACAAACAACAUAAUUCUUCAAGAGGGUGGCACAUCACUUUUGCGUAUUACAAACAAAAGUACAGUUGAUGAAGCUAUGUUUACCAUAGUAUGUCUUGGCGAAUCCACCGUCGACAAAGAUGGAUUAGCAUCAAAUCACAGUCCAAGAGGUGCUUUUGGCUUCCCACGCUGGCUCCAGGUAACUCCUGCAAAAGGAGUGAUUGAUCCAGAUCGUACACUGGAGGUCGAAGUUCAUAGCGAGGAGUUCCAAACCCUAGAAGAGUUUGUUGAUGGUGUUCCUCUGAAUAGUUGGUGUGAAGAUGCUAGAGACAAAGAAAUCAUUAUGGUGGUAAGGGUCCAUGGAAGUUGUUGUACCGAGGUUGGUAACCACCGCAUACGUGUCCGUUACAGUUGCUUAGCCAAGGAGAGAAGAUCGAAAACUAAACCGGAGAAUGAGAGGAAAGUCCAAUCAAAUCUUCUGCAAAGGUCAAACAUCCAAAACCUCGAUACUUCGCUUCACGUUUUUGACAAGUUACGUAAGCUUAGCACGCCUUGAGACUGAUCGAAUAAGAGGGCAUGUAUUGAGGAAAGCCGAUCUUUUCAGGCACAUAAGUGUACUUCUGUUGAUGUGCCUAAUCGGUCGUGUUUUUGAGUUUUAGCCAAACACAAAUCAUCCUUGUAAAUAGAACAUCUAAACGAUGCUGAUUUGCAUUACAUUAAUUUGCUGAUAGUUGUAGAGGUAAUUUAUUAUUGUUACUGUGUGGAACUGGAACUUCAUAUAAUUUGUACACAGUAGGAAUGUGUAUAGUUGAAUGUCUCAACCCCUCUGGGCAGCACAAACACAAUGGGGGAAUGUGCUCAUUUAAGAUUUUUGAAACUAAAUAGUUGAACCAAAUUUAAAUCA